UGCUCCUGUGGCAUGUUGUUGCCUGCAAAACAACCCACAAGCAGCACAGUGUAAAAAAUCCUGUGCAUUAAAAAUCCAAAUGGAGGAUUACCUGACCGCUUGCCACCUCUCGUCUAAUUUUAUAUCCGCAAUACGGUAGAAGUCUGUUGUGACGAAUUAUGGGAGUUACUCCUGAUGCCUCAAUGACUGUGGCUUGAAAUGGUGCAGAAGACUUUCCAUAAAGCUUAGGGUUUCGACAUGGCCUGCAGUUUUGUUUGUUUUGUAUCAUCUUUGCUGUUGACAGCAUGACUUGGUUUACAUUGCCUGUUGGCAAUCUGCUCUGCACUUGUCUUAGCAUCCUCAUCACUGUGUGGUUUACUCUUUUGUUCGUCAUUGUUAUUGUGCCAGCUGCGCUUGGAGUCUCUUUUAGUAUCCAUAACUUCUACAUGAGGACACUUCUCAAAAUAUUUGAGUGGACAACCUUACGAAUGGAGUUACAAGCAAAGGAGAAGAAUCAGCAGCUCUAUAAAUCAUUUACCAAUGGCAUCAUAAACAAAGAGCCACUGCUGUCUGUACGUCAGGAGAUCCAGGACCUUCGAGGUUCUUUAAGAUGUUCAGGCUCACAGUCUGAGUUUGAGAUGGCUGACAUCUUCUAUUUCUGCCGGAGAGGUGUGGAGAGCAUUGUUGAUGAUGAGGUGACCAAGUGCUUUUCGGCUCAGGAGCUAGAAAAGUGGAACUUACUAACCCGAAGCAACUACAACUUCCAUCACAUCAAUCUGAAAGUUACAGUCCUGUGGGGUCUUGGACUUCUUCUCCGCUAUGGGGUUCUGCUGCCUCUGAGAGUAACUCUUGCAGUCACAGGCAUUUGUCUGUUCAUUGUUCUGAGCAGCUUGGUGGGGUUUCUGCCUAAUACACAGUUAAGAUCUUACCUUAGUGAGAAGGUACAUCUGAUGGGUUACCGCAUCUGUGUUAAUUCUCUCACAGCAAUCAUCACCUAUCAUAACAGAGAAAACAGACCAAAGAAUGAUGGCAUCUGUGUGGCCAAUCACACAACACCAAUAGACGUAAUUAUCUUGGCCAAUGACCGCUGCUACUCUUUGGUUGGCCAAGUACAUGGAGGCUUGCUGGGAAUGAUCCAAACAGCCAUGGUCAAAUCCUCUCCUCACAUAUGGUUUGACAGAGCAGAAGUGAAAGACAGACACCUAGUGGCCAAAAGGCUUAGUGAUCAUGUUGCUGAUAAAACCAAACAGCCCAUUCUCAUCUUCCCUGAGGGCACUUGUGUUAACAACACAUCAGUGAUGAUGUUCAAGAAGGGUAGCUUUGAAAUUGGCUGCACCGUCUAUCCUGUUGCCAUUAAGUACGACCCUCGCUUUGGAGAUGCUUUCUGGAACAGCAGCAAGUUUGGCUUGGUGGGAUACCUGCUGAGAAUGAUGAGCAGCUGGGCCAUUGUCUGCAGCGUCUGGUACCUGCCACCUAUGAACAGAGAGGAAGGGGAGGAUGCAAUACAGUUUGCUAACAGAGUGAAAGCAGCCAUAGCUGCUCAAGGAGGAUUAGUAGACCUUGUAUGGGAUGCUGGACUGAAACGAGCCAAAGUGAAAGAUAAUUUUAAAGAAGAGCAGCAGAAACAGUACAGUAAAGUUAUAGUCGGUGACCACGAGGACCAAAGUGAUAACAAACGUUAAGAAUGUGGAAACCUGGGGAGGUGCAGAUAAACAAGAAUUAGCAAAAAACAAUGACAAUGUACAGUACGUCUGUUCUUGUUACAGACUCUUGCUUCUUGUAAAAUAACAUGUUGUAAAUGGUUAAAAUGAGUUACUAAGAGCAGGAUUUUUACCUAGAAAGAGCCACAUAUGCAUUGACAUGGUUUUCAUUACAAUUUAUUUAUUUAUUGUGCUGUAUGUUGUGAAAUGGAGAAACUGGUUCAUGUUCGAAGUUCAAACAAUGUCAGACAAAUAACUGAUUUACUAAUAUAUCAGUUUGUUUUAUUUGAUUCAAAGAUUAAAUCCUAUGUUUGUCGUUGUGCAGCACAGCAGUGAGAUCAGAGCUGAAUUGAAAUUUAUGGACAUUAAAGCUGAACCUAAAUGUGAAAAUACUUUUCUGCUUCCUUAUCACUGGCAUAUGAGAUUGUUGUGUAUCUGAUUAAAGACAAUGCGUUCUUUCCCAGUGUCUUUAUUUGCAUUACCAUUUCUUAAAGCUGUAGUUAUCCUGGUCAUUACUUCACAGACUCUGGUAGUACUAAUACUUGUACGCCAGUUUACUAAUUGGCUCAGGGUUCUAUUUUUGCCUCUUGUCUUAGUCUUUCUGGACAUUGUGAACCAAAGAAAGUGAAAUCACACUGUAG